CAGUAACAGCCAGAGAGCAUAAUAUCACAGGCAGACGCUUCUGACAAGACAGUGAAUUCAAUAGGGAGGAAGAGUGAAAUGGCAGAAGAGAAGCAGGAUCAAACUGCAGGCAGAAUGCUUUCACCUGAAGGAGAUAAAAAGACAGAUGCCCAACUUAUCCUGUAUCACUGGACACAGUCCUUCAGUUCCCAAAAGGUACGUUUGGCAAUUGCUGAAAAAGAGCUGAAGUGUGAAGAGCAUGAUGUAAGCCUUCCCUUGAGUGAACACAAUGAGCCUUGGUUCAUGCGACUCAAUGCAGCUGGAGAAGUCCCUGUCCUCAUCCAUGGUGAAAACAUCAUUUGUGAUGCAACUCAGAUUAUUGACUACCUUGAGGAAACUUUUGUGAAUGAAAAAACUCCAAGGCUCAUGCCAGAAGAAGGAAGCAUGUAUUACCCAAGGGUUCAGCACUACAGAGAGCUCUUGGAUUCUUUGCCCAUGGAUGCCUAUACACAUGGUUGCAUUUUACAUCCUGAAUUAGCAGUAGACUCUAUGAUUCCAGCUUAUGCCACUACUAGAAUUCGCAGCCAGAUAGGAAACACUGAAUCUGAAUUAAAGAAGCUUGCUGAAGAAAACCCAGAUCUGCAAGAUGCAUAUAUAGCAAAACAGAAACGUCUUAAAACUAAACUUAUGGAUCAUGAUAACAUAAAGUACUUAAAGAAAAUACUGGAUGAGCUGGAAAAAGUUUUGGAUCAGGUUGAGACUGAGUUGCAAAGAAGAAAUGAAGAAACACCUGAAAAUGGACACCAACCCUGGCUCUGUGGCGAGUUUUUCAGCUUGGCUGAUGUAUCCCUUGCUGUUACAUUGCAUCGUCUAAAGUUCAUUGGAUUGGCAAGGAGAAGCUGGGGAAAUGGAAAGCGGCCUAACUUGGAAAUGUACUAUGAGCGAGUCUUGAAGAGAAAAACAUUUCACAAGGUUCUAGGACACGUCAACAACAUAUUAAUCUCAGCGGUUCUUCCAACUGCAUUUCGAGUGGCAAAAAAGAGGGCACCAAGAAUUUUUGGCACAACUCUUUUGGUUGGUGUCCUAGCAGGAAUAGGAUAUUUUGGUUUUGUGUGUCUUCAGAAGAGAUUUGCCAACAUGCUGCUAUCAAUUAGAACAAGACACAGUUAUCUGUAGAUGCUUUAUCUACUCCCCACCCCCCAAAAGAGACCUGAUUGACAGGACAGGCCACCACAUCCCCAUAGUGCAAUACGUUCAUGUUACUACCAAAACAAAAUGGCAAAGCAGAGGUAGAAAAGAAAAUGAGAUAAUGUAAAAUACUUCUCAAAGUGUGAAUCCUAUGGAAAUGUGCAAUUAGAUAAAUUUCCCAAUCUUUACUGCUAGAUUCGUGUGCAGUGGCACUUUAUAGACCAACAAGAUUUUCAGGGUAUGAGGUUUUAAGAGUAAAAUCUUCCUUUGUCAGAUACAGAUGAAGAGAGCUUUGACUCUCAAAAGCUUCCCCCCCCCCAAAUUUUUUUUGUUGGCCUCUAAGGUGGAUUAGAGUCUGGCUGUUCCACUGCAGAUCAACAAAGCUACCAUCUGAAAUAAUUUUUACUAAAAGCCAUUCUUUAAAAUGUUAUUUAAUGUGAUCAUUUGGCAAUUAUGUACUUUCACAUGGCUCAUGCACCACUUUGAAAGUAGCACAUAGACAGGCCUAAGAAUGGCACAAUAAAUAUGGUGAAAUGUUAUUCUUCUACAUUAAUUAUUUGUUUGGCAGAGAUUAGAUUGCAAGAUUUGGUUGACUGACACUGUGGCACAAACUGAAAGCACAUUUCGAAAGUUCAUGAAGAAGUUUGAAUAUUUACCACAUAGUAGGCAGGUUUCCAAGGAGCAGAUUAUAGGUGAGCAUCAAAACCUGUUGAUAUCCAUGUGGCUUAGUUACUAUAAUGGAACAUGCGCUUUGCAUAAUACUUGCACAUAAUAUAUUUGUAUCAUACAUUAAGUCUUCACUAAUAUUCAUCAUACACUCAUUAUAUAUGUGUAAUUUUUAUGGAAGCAUAUUUUAUGUGCUCUUGUGUGAAUAUAGUCCAGGUGGUGCCUCAGAAAAUAUCUUCUACUUCCAGAAGAAUACAUACAUUUGUAAAUGAAGAUGUGUCCAAUGAAUUGUAGUUCUCUUUUUUGCCAAAUAAAAUUGGUUUACUAAC